AUGGUCAAAAGGUUCUCCAAUGAUAGAAAACCUGAAAGCCACUGCCCAGAAAGUUCACGUUUCACAAAUGAGAAUCACAUAACCAAGACAUUUGUUGCAAUCCAGAAAUUGACCAAUGUUGUAGUAACAGCACUGAAAGGGUUGCCAUUUGCCAGGCGAGGGCAGAGGAACUCCUGUCCUUACCCGCAGUUGUCCGCCCUCGCUCCGGCAAGCGGUAGGGGGAAAUGCAGGGUCGAAAAUGGUGUCCCAUGGAUUCAUGAUGUCGUUUCCAGCCCUGGAACCAAAAGGGGUCAUGGCAUCACAGGUUGCUGUUAUGGUGGAACAAACUAUCUCCGAAAAGAGACAGGGUGUGUGAUUAUGGUGUCUGUAAUAGAACAGCUGUCUCAGAUCCACAACUCUACAGUCACAGAAGCUCUGGAGAUGCUCUGUAGCUACUUACCUGAACAAUUGAAGUUGCAAAAAAUUUGCUUUUUCGUUGCUCGCAUUUUUGGUCCAGAUAUAAUUAAACUAUUGGAAAAUAAAAUUAAAGCUGAUGUGGCGUGCUAUUCCAUUAAGCUAUGUAAACGGGAGGCAGGUCAACCAGUUUGUCAUGUAUACCAUCCUUCUAAGGUUGGAUUGGAGGUGGCUAUAAAGGAAGCAGAGGAAAUGGCUACAACUAGGAUCUUGGAAAAAGUUGGUGGGUUGUCAGGCAUAUGUUCGCUUCCUCUUCUGCAGGAGCUGUGUAGGACAAUGGAACGUGUUAUAAAAAAUAAGUUACCUUUUGAAGAUUUUGAUGGAGAUAAAUUUAGUACCUUCCCGACCUUGAGAGGAUAUCAUUGGCGUGGCAGGGACUGCAACGACGAAACGGCCUCUGUGUAUCCGGGGAGACGCCCUGAUGAUUGGGAUGCUCAGCAGGAUUCUAAUUGUAAUGGCAUAUGGGGUAUUGAUGGAAAAGAUGGCAUUCCAUAUGAGCAAAAAUUCUGUAAUGGUACAGAGUCCAAAGGAGUUGUCCUGUUGGGAGAUUCGGCUGGGGCUCACUUUCACAUCCCUCCUAAAUGGUUAACAACAUCACAGAUUUCAUGGAAAGCGUUUUUUGCCCUUCCCAAAACCUUGGCCAAUGAGUUUGAUUGGCCCCAAUUUUCAGAAGCCACCGGAUUUCUGAACUCCACAAUUGGUGGAUGGACAGACUCAAUCUACGUGCGAUUACGCCAAAGAAACCGCUGCAACCAUAGAGAUUACCAGAAUAUUUCUAAAAAUGGUGCCUCUUCAAAAAAUCUUUGGGAUUUGGUUGAAAGCCUGGCUCGAAGUCAGCAGUUCGACAAGCCUGCAAUAGUUACCUAUGCAUUGAUUGGGAACGAUGUCUGCAACGGAAAGGCUGACACAGUGUCAGGGAUGACAACGCCUGAGCAAAUGUACUUCAACAUUAUGAAGAGUCUACGUUAUCUAAACAGUCUUCUUCCCAAAGGGAGCCAUGUGAUUUUAGUCGGCUUGGUCGAUGGUACCUUCUUAUGGGAUACCGUGCAUGACAGAUACCAUCCUCUUGGCCAGUUAAACAAAGACAUCACAUACAAACAAAUUUAUUCGUUUCUCAGCUGUCUUAAGGUCAAUCCUUGCAAUGGCUGGUUAUCUUCAAAUGCCACACUUAGGAACGUCAGCACAGAGAGGGCAAUGCAACUUUCCAGCAUCCUGAGAGGAAUAGCAGAAUCUGAGAAAUAUGCCAAUUUUGAUCUUUUCUACAUGGAUUACCCACUGAAAGAAAUUGUGGAGAAAUGGCGCAAGAUGGGAGGUGAAAACUGGCAGCUCAUAGAACCUGUUGAUGGAUUUCAUCCUAGUCAGUUUGCUUCUGCACUUCUGGCAAGAAUCUUCUGGGAGAAGAUACUCCGCGAACGGCCUCACAUCCUUGGAAAAGCGAAUCCACUCAACGACCAGAUUGCAGCAAUAUUCAAAGAUCAAGGAGGAUACUGA